CAAGGAAAAGUAAAAAACAAUAACCCUAAGCCACUGAUUCGUCAUUCAUCCACAAUUCGCAAUUCCUCUCUGCUGCUCUGGUGCCGCCGCCGGUGCCCUCUGUUCCGCUUGCUCCGAUCAGUACACUUGAGACCGCCGCUGAUUCCUGAACUUGGGCUGGAGAGGAAAGAAACACUUUAGUGGAGGGCUCGCUGGUGUUUAUGAAGUACUCUAGAAGUGGAAAGCCGAAACUAUGGAAAAAGAAGAAGGGGGAGUGAAGCAAAGAAUGGUUAUGUCUGAUGAAGAGGAGAAAAGUCGACGUUUGAAGCUUGAAGAAGCUCUUGAAAUCCAGUCCCUUAGGCGCAUCAUUAGUGCAUACCUCAACUAUCCUGAUGCUGCAGAGGAGGAUGUUAGUCGAUAUGAGAGAUCUUUCAGAAAGCUUCCACCUGCCCAUAAGGCUUUGUUAUCUCAUUAUCCUCAAAAGUUUCAAAGAUUGCGACGGUGUAUUGCAGUAAAUUCUCAUUUCAUAUUCGGCAUGCUUCAGGCCUUUGAACCGCCUCUUGAUAUGAGCGGGGACAUAGACUUAAGCAGAGAUGCACAUCCUGAGCAUGGUCAAAGGGAUCAUUUUGUCUCUGAAGGGAUUAAUGCUUGUCCCUGUGAGUCUGCUCCAUUGAGAAUAACAUGUUCUGUAUCUGGUCAACAUGCUUGUGCAGAAGGUAUCAAUGAUACACGUAGAUCAUCGGCACCGGUGCAUGCCAAUAAGGAAGUGGACAUUGAGAGUCACCAUAAUUCAGAUACUGGGACCAAUCUUCCAAGCUUGAUACAUAAUGGAGAGAUCCGUGAAUAUGGUGGAGCAGCCUUCACCGAUUCCAAUAACAAUAUCUCUUCUUCAUGUCAACAAUGGUUAGAGCCAUCUUUGCAACUGAAUGUUCCUUUAGUUGAUGUUGAUAAGGUGCGAUGUAUAAUUAGGAACAUAGUUAGGGACUGGGCUGCUGAGGGUAAGAAAGAACGUGAUCAGUGUUACAAGCCAAUUCUUGAAGAACUUAAUCGCCUGUUCCCUAAUCGCUGUAAAGAGAGUCCACCUGCUUGCUUAGUUCCUGGUGCUGGACUCGGUCGGCUGGCUCUGGAGAUUUCAUGUUUAGGAUUUGUCAGCCAGGGAAAUGAAUUUUCAUACUACAUGAUGAUAUGCUCAAGUUUCAUUCUUAAUCAUUCUCAAACUGUUGAUGAGUGGACAAUAUACCCUUGGAUUCACAGUAAUUGCAAUUCAGUGUCAGAUAACGACCAACUUCGUCCUGUUUCCUUACCUGAUAUUCAUCCAGCCAGUGCGGGAAUUACUGAAGGCUUUUCCAUGUGUGGAGGUGACUUUGUUGAAGUUUAUAGUGAUUCAAGCCAAGUAGGUGCAUGGGAUGCAGUUGUCACUUGUUUCUUUAUUGACACUGCUCACAAUAUAGUGGAGUACAUCGAAAUAAUUUCACAAAUUUUGAAAGACGGAGGAGUUUGGAUAAAUUUUGGCCCUCUACUUUAUCACUUCGCUGAUAUGUAUGGGCAAGAAGAUGAGAUGUCCAUUGAAUUGAGUUUAGAAGAUGUUAAAAGGGUUGCACUGCAUUAUGGAUUUGAAUUUGAGAAAGAAACAACCAUAGAGACAACCUACACCACAAAUCCUAGAUCAAUGAUGCAAAACCGUUACUUCGCUGCAUUUUGGACGAUGAGAAAAAAAUCUGGAGUGGCGCAUCAGCAAGUGCCUUGAUAAUUGGAGCAUAAUUUAUGCAUAUAAAGUAUAAUUAAGUUAAACACUUUGUUAGGCUUGUUCUCUUUUUUGAUGGAGUGGAGAGUAUUCUUGUAUUGAUGGAACCUUCGCCACUAAUUUGCCAUCAUUGAAAACUUAGACGCAUUUACUAGAUGUAAAAGUUGCACAUACCCAUAAUGAGUGUUUUUGACAAUAAGAUGCGUGUAGAAUAACAGAUCCAUUGAUACCAUACAAUAUAAUAAAAACAUUUACUUUGGUUUCAA